AAGUCAACAAAAGCUCGGUACUCCAGCCAGCUAAGCCCUCUAUGGACGAGUCCUGCCGCACAGUCCCCUACUAUCAGUUCAAAGGUCGAUCCCCACACGAGCAAGCGUGCAUACGAGCGUCGCGAGCAACAGUCCUUCCCACUCAUUGUCUAUCAUACGUCACAUACCGACCCAAAGAUCUGCACCGUCGACGACUGCCAGGCAUACCCGAAAUGGUCACUCGCCGAGAAGGCGGCCUAUCUACUCUCCUUGGGAUUCGCAGCAUCAGACCCUAUCGAGGUGUAUCGUCCUCGAUAUAGGUACUGGGAGCUGAUUUCCCUUACUACCGUCCACACCAUCGCACCAUCUUCUUGUCUAGUCAUUCGUCGCAACUCCGAGGUCAUGUGCGACAAUCUCGAUCGCUGGAUCUCCGACGUUCAGGGCGCCGCUCGCACAAAGAGCCCAUUAAUUUGGGACAACGUUGGCGCUGAGCGUGCACGUGUUUCCGCACUUCACAAGCAACGCACGCCUACGACUAGGAAACGGAAAGCAGACGAGAUGCUUGGCGAUUUGGAUGACGAGGAUCAAGCAACGUUAAAGCGCAUCCGUCGAGAUUAUACCUUACCGGACAUCCCGAAGAUACCGUCACCGCACCUUGAGUUGCUUCCCGGCUGCGAACUCCUUCCUUUCAUUCUCGCUGAUGACUCGCCUGAACUAUCUUUAUCGCCCUUCACUCGUGAGGAAUCCUUCGACCCUGAGCCCUUCAGUCGCUCCAUGUUCGAUCCAAAGCCGCCUGCUCGACUCGAUCCAAAGCCGUUUUCCUCCCCGUCAUCUUCGACACCUUCUUUGACACCUUCAUCGCCGCUGGUCUCUCCUGAUGCUGCUAUACGACUCCCGCUUCUCCCGGCUGAUGGAGGCGAUCCAUUGGAAGCAUCCUGGCCUGGUGACUGGUAUGUCGAGGAUGUCAUCACCGGGUUAAAAGCCAUUGAUGAUGCGGAAGCGGUGGGCGGUACGGUAGAGAAGCGGUUUGAACGAGUGUUUGGUAGGAAGUUUCAAAGCUCGCAAUACUACAAGAUUCGUCUCUUCUGGGAAUCUAACCGCUGCACGGAUGAGCAACGCAAGGCUGGACGCAAUGCGAAGGGAGAGACACGAGGUCGAUGGUCAGUGUGGUUUAAGGAAGUUGCAUCGAGGCGAUAUUCGAAGACGAAGGCAAAGGCGAGAAGGGUUUCGAUAAUCGAGCUGGAUUGA